AUGGCGAUUCUCUCAUCACUCCCAAAUCCAAACCUCUUCUCCUCCCUCCCCACCACUCCACCCCCCUCCAGCCGCCCCUCUCUUCCCCAAAAGCCCCCAAUCCACCCCCCCAAAUACCCCCCUUUAAAAUCCAAACGCCCCCCAAAAUCAGACCCUUCCACCAACCCCGCCUUCAAUUCCCACCACCGCACCUCCAAAUACUACAAACCCGUCAAGCCAGGGCAGAAGCUUCACCCCGACGACAACGAUGACCGCGCCGUCGUCGUCGGAGAUUCCGGAAUUUCUUACCAAUUGCCCGGCGCCCCUUUCGAAUUCAUGUACAGCUAUUCCGAGACGCCUAGGGCUCAGCCUCUGGCGAUUCGGGAGCCCGCAUUUCUGCCCUUCGCCCCUCCCACGAUGCCGCGCCCGUGGACGGGGAAGGCGCCGGUGAAGAAGAGUAAGAGGAAUAUCAAGCUGUUUGAGCCGUUGGGCGGCGGCGGUGAUGAUGAAAAUCCGAAUGAGAAUUUGUGGUCGAAGAAGUAUGAGAUGCUGAGGGGCUAUGAGAUGGGGAAGUUCAAUGUGAGGCCGAGGAAGGAGGUGUUGGGGGCGCCGCUGACGAGGGCGGAGAUGAGAGAGAUGGUGAAGCCCUUGUUGUCUAGUAACAAACAGGUGAAUUUGGGUAGAGAUGGAUUAACACAUAAUAUGCUGGAGCUGAUACACACUCAUUGGAGGAGACAGCCUGUUUGUAAAGUCCGUUGUUUGGGUGUCCCAACUGUUGACAUGAAUAACAUAUGUCGGUGCAUUGAGGAAAAAUCCGGUGGCAAGAUAAUUUACAGGAUGGGCGGAGUGUUGUAUCUGUUCCGUGGCAGAAACUAUGAUCACCAAAAACGGCCUCGCUUCCCGGUAAUGCUUUGGAAACCGGCUACACCAGUUUAUCCAAAGCUUAUACAAGAUGCUCCAGAGGGGCUGACGAAGGAAGAAGCAGAUGAGUUUAGAAUGAAAGGGAAAAGGCUUCUUCCAAUCCGUAAAUUAGCGAAAAAUGGGGUUUACAUUACCCUGGUGAGGGAUGUGAGGACCGCGUUUGAAGGGUCCGAAUUGGUGAGGAUAGAUUGCAGAGGGUUGCAACCUAGUGAUUACAAGAAGAUAGGAGCUAAGUUGAAGGAAUUGGUGCCCUGUGUGCUAUUAUCUUUCGACGAUGAGCAAAUACUGAUGUGGAGAGGAAGGGAGUGGAAAUCAAUGUAUCGGGACGAAGUUCCUCGGAUAUACCUACCUUCUGCUCAUGACUCGUCCCCUACAGAUCUUUCGGAUACGGAGUUGAGACAGGUAAGCCCUAAGAUGAUGGCGCUGUGGAAACGGGCCAUUGACUCAGGACGAGCAUCGGUUCUACAUGAAGUUAACGUAAGCCCAGACGAGCUUCUUUCGAAAGUGGAGGAGUUUGAGAGCACGUCUCAGGCAAUCACUCACUCUUAUCCCGCCACGAUCUAUUCGGAUGACGGGAGCUCGUCACCGGAUUCUAGAGCCCUAGUUGAAGACAACGACGACGACGGUGAUGAUGAUUUAAGUGAAGAUAAUGAGUGUUUUGAUGCAGUGGAAUCUCAAGUUCCAUUAGGAUCUCUGCCAAUAGAUCUGUUAGCAAUGCAAUUCAGCGAUGGUGAUGAAUCUGAUUAUGAGACUUAGGGCUAUAUACAUGUGUGUAUAUAUAUGUAUAGUUCAUGCCAUUUUUGUAAUUCAAACACACUGUAAUUAUUCUUGGCCAAUAAUCAAUAAAUUUGUCGUCGUUUAUGCA